GUUUGAAUUGUUUUUUUUGCUCUCUGAACACUCUUCCCUUGUUUUUUUUAUUCUUUUGUUUGGUUUUAAUUAUCAACUCCAAAUUUAAACCACACAAUUCAACAUCUCUUUUGUUUAGCCACACUUCUACCUGCGCAAAUGCCUCGUCUGCCUCGUGAAAAACUGUCUGCCAAAGCUCAAAUUUACUCGUGCAAACAAUGUAACAAUACGUUUUCAACAAAUAACGAACUCAGUGAACAUGUGCGCUCACACAGCCCACUGAGAGUCAUGUCAGCAAACGGAAUCAUACACAAACUCAAGUGGAAGGAUGACAAGGUCAAAUGUGUCUGCGGGUUACUCUUUGCGCGAAGCUACAUGCAGUUGUUCCAUGCCACCGUUUGCAAGGCCCUCAACGACACCGAAGCAAAAUAUGACACCAUAAUCGCCGACGCCAGCAAAGCUCAAUCGCGACCAAAAAAGAAACACGUUGAAGCAAUAAACAUCAAGGUCGAUCGCGGCAGCGGCUUGAUUAUAUGCAAAACAUGCCACUCUGCCAUUCCUCCCAACAUGUUGUACAACCACGCAUACCGGUGCCGAUUCCGAAACGAUACCGAAAAAGAAAUUAAAGUCAACGUUGAUAUCAUCAGAAAAGCGCACCGCUACCUAUUGACUCCAAAAGCAGGUGCCCUUAACCAAGAGGAGUUUGAGGCAUGGUACAAGAAGCGCUCAACCGAGGAAGGCCCCUCGAUUCCUGGAAUCAAGGUGUUUGACGAUGGAUAUUGGUGUAACCACUGCACCUAUGCUGCAAAGACCAAGAUUGUGAUUGGUAAUCAUUUGAACACUAAGCAUAUGGUAGGCAGGAAACCCUCCGAAUUUACCCCUGGAUCCGUGCAGCAGAUCAUUAGUAAUGGCAGAUAUAAGCUGUAUAUGCGCGUUUCAGAGUCAGCCAAAUCGGAUCAUGAUGAUGAUGAGUUCGAUGCGUAGGGGUGGCUUUGACGAUUGGACUUGGGAGCUUGUGGAACAUGUGUCACAAUUAUCUUUUUUUUGCUAGAAAAUUAUUUUUAAACAUUUAUCCGGAUGAGGCUAAAACAAAGAAAAGUCCACGUUUUAUUUUCUUUGUUACCACGGAUUAGGGUCCAUGAUAGAACAUACAGACAUCGCAGAUUUCGGGUUCCAAAAUCUUCGUGCGGCGCUGCUCAUGUGAAAAAGUAAUAUAAAAAGAAGCGAAUCUGGCAUGCCGAGGGUGAAAAUAAUUAUUACAUCACAU